CCGGUGAAUUUUGCGAUGGUUGCAGGACGCCAAGGAGUCUGUCGUCGUUGUGCAUGAUGGCGUCGAGUAGAAAGGGUCUGAUGGCAAAAGACGAUCAGCGCGUAACCUUGAUUUGAUUUUGUGAAAUGAGUGUAUCACCAAAACAAGCAACGAGGGCUGCGGUACUCUGCCACUACUUUCCACCAACAUGGCCACUCAGCAUCCUUGCUUUCCACCCCCAUGUCCAAGGGCGGUAUAUACCCCUUCCUUGGUGUCUCCCACCCAUUUGACCCGGACUAUAGCUUUGUAACUUCCCCCGUUUUCUCUCCUUUUGUUCUCGCUAUACUCCGCCUCACCAUUGCAUCCUACGCUCUCUUCGUCGUUCUUUUUGCUAUCAUCUGGGACUCGGUAAGACUCAAAAAUGCCGACUCCCUGUCUGAUAUUAGGUACUUCUCCUUCUUCACGGAGCUCUCAUACAUAGGCCUACUUGCGUAUUUCUGGGCUGCAGGGGUGCAGACCCUGGUGUAUUCCGUCCGAGGCCGUUACCUGCUACAGAAAUGGCCUCGACCGUUGCAGUUCCUGCACACGCUGCUGUACUCUACCAUCACGACCUUCCCGAUUCUUGUUACCAUUGCGUAUUGGACACUCCUCUCUUCCUCGAGCAGCUUUGCUACUCGCUUCCGUUCCUGGCAAAACAUAUCCAUCCAUGCCAUGAAUUCUGGAAUGGCCCUGUUCGAGAUCUUUUGCACUCAUGGAGGCCCGUUACCUUGGAUACACCUCCUCUUUGCCGAGAUUUUCCUGGCAUGCUACCUCGGCGUGGUCUAUAUCACUCGCGCAACGCAAGGAUUCUAUACCUACGAUUUCUUGGACCCUCAUUUACAGCAUGCAAAGCUCGCUGCAUACAUCGUCGGCAUAGCUGUCGCGCAGAUAAUCAUCUUCACUGUCGUCCAUCUCUUGAUCAGACUGCGCGAACAGCUCUCGAGACGUCUCUAUGUGCCCUCCACGCCGGAGGCUAUUGACGAGUGGGAGGAGGUUGAUCGACCGAGCUCGCGCGCCGUAUGAUACACAUUUGGGCUGAUUGGGCUGGAUUUGGACUAUUGAUCUGGAGGCUUGCGAUGCCUGGACCCCUUCUUGUUUGAACUUGGAUGGGACUUUCAUCUUGGAUACCUACCUAUACCUGUACUCUGGAAUCUAAUAGUGUCACAAAAUAUCAUGGGUUCAGCGGCUAUAUCAUGAGAG